UUCCCAAUUAUUGCAAAAGUCAAUCGAUUCGUGUAUAUAUAUAUAUAGAAAAGGCUAGCUUCCACAUCUCAAAUCUCAAAAAGAUUUUUUCAACGCUUACAUAUUUUAGUCACACUGUAUUCAAAUCAUAAAUCUUUCUUUGGAUUUUUAUACAAUGCACCAAUAGGUACACCCACAUGCUUGAUGUGUGUAUAUAUAUCACACAAACACACACACGUAUUCGAACAUUACUAUCAUCAGUAAGAGAGAGGAAGAAGAUGGAGUUGGGUCGAGUCUUGGGGUUGUGUUUGAUUCUUCUGGUUACGAUUCUUGUAUUCUCCGGCGGUGUUGCUACGGCGGCGAAAGGAGUAACGUAUGAUGGACGGUCUUUGAUUAUCGAUGGACAGAGGAAACUUCUCUUCUCUGGUUCCAUUCACUAUCCUCGCAGCACACCCGAGAUGUGGCCAUCUCUGAUAAAAAAGACAAAGGAAGGAGGCAUCGAUGUGAUCCAGACGUACGUUUUCUGGAACCUCCAUGAGCCUAAGCUCGGUCAGUAUGAUUUUAGUGGAAGAAACGAUUUGGUGAAGUUUAUUAAAGAGAUAAGAUCGCAAGGUCUCUAUGUCUGUCUACGUAUUGGACCCUUCAUCGAAGCCGAGUGGAACUACGGGGGAUUGCCAUUUUGGUUACGAGAUGUACCCGGUAUGGUAUAUCGAACCGACAACGAGCCCUUCAAGUUCCACAUGCAAAAGUUCACAACUAAGAUCGUGAAUAUGAUGAAAUCUGAGGGCUUAUAUGCUUCUCAGGGUGGUCCAAUUAUUCUCUCCCAGAUCGAGAACGAGUACAAAAACGUGAUGGCGGCUUUUCAUGAGAAAGGAGAAGCGUACGUCAAGUGGGCAGGACAAAUGGCGGUCGGGCUUAAGACUGGAGUGCCAUGGAUCAUGUGCAAGCAGCCUGAUGCUCCUGAUCCCGUCAUCAAUACAUGCAACGGAAUGACAUGCGGUGAGACGUUUCCGGGACCAAACUCACCCAAUAAGCCGAAAAUGUGGACUGAGGACUGGACAUCCUUCUUUCAGGUUUAUGGAGCAGAGCCUUAUAUUAGAUCUGCUGAGGAUAUUGCUUUCCAUGCCGCUCUUUUCAUCGCCAAAAACGGAAGCUACGUCAACUAUUACAUGUACCAUGGUGGAACAAACUUUGGAAGGACUUCAUCUUCAUAUUUCGUUACAGGAUACUACGAUCAAGCUCCUCUCGACGAAUACGGUCUUUUAAGACAGCCUAAGUACGGUCAUUUGAAGGAACUUCAUGCUGCGAUUAAAGCCUCUGCAAAUCCUCUGCUUCAAGGGAAGCAAACGAUGCUCUCUCUAGGACCAUUGCAACAGGCUUAUGUCUUUGAAGAUGCGAGAAGUGGAUGCGUUGCGUUUCUCGUGAACAACGACGCGGCUAAAGUCAGUCAAGUACAAUUCAGAAACAAUGCGUAUAGCUUGAGUCCCAAGUCAAUUGGUAUUCUUCAGAACUGCAAAAACCUAGUUUACCAAACAGCAAAAGUGAAUGUGCCCAAGAAUGUGAGAUUUGCAACGCCGGUUCAAGUAUUCAACGUUCCCGACAAAUGGGAAGUGUUUAGAGAAACAAUCCCAGCAUUCUCAGGCACAGCUUUGAAGACAAAUGCUUUGUUGGAACACACUAAUUUGACUAAGGACAAAACUGAUUAUCUUUGGUACACUACAAGCUUUAAGCCGGAUUCACCCUGCACAAACCCGUCUAUCUACAUUGAAUCAUCAGGACAUGUUGUUCACGUGUUCGUCAACAGUGCACUAGCAGGAUCUGGACAUGGAAGUAGAGACAUAAGGGUAGUUAAACGCCAAGUUCAGGUUAGCUUAACCAAUGGACAAAACAGUAUAUCCAUCCUCAGCGGCAUGGUUGGUCUACCGGACUCUGGGGCUUACAUGGAGAGGAAGUCUUAUGGACUAACCAAAGUACAAAUUAGCUGUGGUGGGACAAAAACCAUCGAUUUGAGUAGAUCUCAAUGGGGUUACUCGGUGGGUUUGCUUGGAGAAAAAGUUAGGUUACAUCAAUGGAAGAAUUUAAACAGAGUGAAGUGGAGUAUGAAUAAUGCUGGACUCAUUAAUAAUCACCCUCUCGCUUGGUACAAGACGAUGUUUGAUGAGCCGAGUGGAGAUGAGCCAGUGGGACUAAACAUGUCGAGUAUGGGUAAAGGAGAAAUGUGGGUGAAUGGUGUAAGCAUUGGUCGUUAUUGGGUCUCAUUUCUUACUCCUGCUGGACGUCCUUCUCAAUCUAUGUAUCAUAUCCCACGAGAGUUUUUAAAACCAUCUGGAAAUUUGUUGAUGGUAUUGGAAGAGGAAGGUGGUAAUCCUCUUGGGAUAUCUUUGAAUACAAUAUCGGUUACUGGUUCGAACCGAGCUCAGUCUCAACUAUCCUGAAUAUUCUUUUCAAUGUUCUUUGGUAUCAAACCACAGUGAACAAUAAUAUUUAUUGGGUGAUUCAAUAUACAAGUUGUGUAUACGUGUUGAUAUGACAUUUUCACUCACGUUUAUAAUUGUAUCAUUGAUAUAAAUCUCGUUGAAUACACAGGCCGUACCAAAUUAA